AACCGGACCGCGCCGCACCCCAGGGCGCAUGCGUGCUGUGCAGCGCGGUCUCAGGGAAGGUGGGGCUAUGGCAGCUGCUAGGGACCCUCCGGAAGUAUCGCUGCGAGAAGCCACCCAGCGAAAAUUGCGGAGGUUUUCCGAGCUGAGAGGCAAACUGGUAGCACCUGGAGAAUUCUGGGACAUAGUUGCAAUAACAGCGGCUGAUGAAAAACAGGAACUUGCUUACAACCACCAGCUGUCAGAAAAGCUGAAAAGAAAGGAGUUACCCCUUGGAGUUCAGUAUCACGUUUUUGUAGAUCCUGCUGGAGCCAAAAUUGGAAAUGGAGGAUCAACACUUUGUGCCCUUCAACGUUUGGAAAAGCUAUAUGGAGAUAAAUGGAAUUCUUUUAUCAUCCUAUUGAUUCACUCUGGUGGCUACAGUCAACGACUUCCAAAUGCAAGUGCUCUGGGAAAAAUUUUCACUGCUUUACCUCUUGGUAACCCCAUUUAUCAGAUGCUAGAAUUAAAACUAGCCAUGUACAUUGAUUUCCCCUUACAUAUGAAUCCUGGAAUUUUGGUAACCUGUGCAGAUGAUAUUGAACUUUAUAGUAUUGGAGAAUUUGAGUUUAUUAGGUUUGACAAACCUGGCUUUACCGCUUUAGCUCAUCCUUCUACUUUGACAAUAGGUACCACACAUGGAGUAUUUGUCUUAGAUCCUUUUGAUGAUUUAAAACAUAGAGACCUUGAAUACAGAUCUUGCCAUCGUUUUCUUCAUAAGCCCAGCAUAGAAAAGAUGUAUCAAUUUAAUGCUGUGUGUAGACCUGGAAUUUUUUGUCAACAGGACUUUGCUGGGGGUGACAUCGCCGAUCUUAAAGUAGACUCUGACUAUGUCUACACAGAUAGCCUAUUUUAUAUGGAUCAUAAAUCAGCAAAAAUGUUACUUGCUUUUUAUGAAAAAAUAGGCACACUGGGCUGUGAAAUAGAUGCCUAUGGUGACUUUUUACAGGCUUUAGGACCUGGAGCAACUGUGGAGUACACCAGAAACACAUCAAAUGUCGUUAAAGAAGGGUCAGAGUUGGUAGAAAUGAGGCAGAGAAUAUUUCAUCUUCUUAAAGGAACAUCACUAAAUGUUGUUGUUCUUAAUAACUCCAAAUUUUAUCACAUUGGAACAACCGAAGAAUAUUUGUUUUACUUUACCUCAGAUAACAGUUUAAAGUCAGAGCUCGGCUUACAGUCCAUAACUUUUAGUAUCUUUCCAGAUAUACCAGAAUGCUCUUGCAAAACAUCCUGUAUCAUUCAAAGCAUACUGGAUUCAAGAUGUUCUGUAGCACCUGGCUCAGUUGUGGAGUAUUCUAGAUUGGGGCCUGAUGUUUCAGUUGGGGAAAACUGCAUUAUUAGUGGUUCUUAUAUCCUAACAAAAGCUGCCCUCCCUGCACAUUCUUUUGUGUGUUCCUUAAGUUUAAAGAUGAAUAGAUGCUUAAAGUAUUCAACUAUGGCAUUUGGAGUGCAAGACAACUUGAAAAAGAGUGUGAAAACAUUGUCAGAUAUAAAGUUACUUCAAUUCUUUGGAGUCUGUUUCCUGUCAUGCUUAGAUGUUUGGAAUCUUAAAGUUACAGAGGAACUGUUCUCUGGUAACAAGACGUGUCUGAGUUUGUGGACUGCACGCAUUUUCCCAGUUUGUUCUUCUUUGAGUGAUUCAGUUACAACAUCCCUAAAGAUGUUAAAUGCUGUUAAGAACAAGUCAGCAUUCAGCCUGAAUAGCUAUAAGUUGUUGUCCAUUGAAGAAAUGCUUAUCUACAAAGAUGUAGAAGAUAUGAUAACUUACAGGGAACAAAUUUUUCUAGAAAUCAGUUUAAAAAGCAAUUUAAUUUAGAGACAUUUUAAAUAUUGUACACUUUGCCUUUUUGAGUAACGUUCCCGAGAUAGGUAUUUUCUGUAGGCUGUUUCACUGAACUCAAUUAAUGAAAAUUAUGUUAAUGUAAUUCCUGUAGCAUAAUAAUAAUAGCACAAAAGUACAUAUAAAUCAUUUUUGAAGAAAAAUAUUUCAAGACUAAGUUGAGAAAAUAGAUAUUUUUUGGAUGUGUAUCAGUAUUUUAGUUUUUAAUAAUGAUUGAUUUGUGGAGCACUGUUUUUUCACAUAGUUUUAAAGGUAAUUUUCUAAGCAUAUCUUUAGAAUUUUUCCAUCUUUUUUGAGGCUUUUGAUCCAGUGAAGUUCUAAGUAUUCACUGGCACUUCUCUCCUCAACUGUAAUUCUAUUUUGAAUAAUAAAAAUGGCAUACUGUAGGAUGUUCAGAGUAGUGUAGGAAUACUGUAGAAAUACUUUUUCAGAAACAAAUCCAUAGCUGACACAUUCACUGAGUGCCCAAUAUAUUGUGAUUAUUUUAGUUGAUAAAUAACUAGAUACAAAGACCUCUGAAAUUGAUGAUAAAAUUCAUAUCUCAUUAAUUUUAUCAAAAUGAAACUAAAAGUACAUAUGUAUUAUACACUUGAACAUGUGUUUGUGUAUCUUUAAAUUUUUCCUUUAUGUUCCAUUCCAUAGGAAAACACAUACAUAUGCGCACAAAACUCAGUUAUCUGUGGGGAAAGUGGUAGUAAUAAUUGAAAUUCAUCAAUAAUCAUAUAAUUUCACUAUAGACUUUACUUGUAUUAUCUCCUGUCAGUCCUUCUAACAAAACUGAAAUUACCGAAUGAACUGAAUUUACUUUUCAUCUUAUUUUUUAUCCACACACUGGUGAUGCUGAGAAACAAUAAUUGGUCCAAAUGCAGACAUCAAGAAGCAGGCAGGAAAAUGGAAAAACUUAGAUAAUACACAGAUGAUAAAGUUUCAAGAAAAUAAAAAUUGGCUGGAAUCUCAAGUUAUGUGUUUCUAUAUUGGUGUAAGCAUAUAAGUGAAAAGUCUUUGUACUACAGUGUAAUAGAGAAAAGAUUUGUCAGUGUGUGUUUUUUUUAAUGAAAUAACUAGUCUGUGCUACUUUAUGUCAAUGUAAAAAUUGGUAAACUAGAAGUAAAUUGUCCACAACCCUCAGUUAUGAUACUUGUGUUUGUGGUUUUUUUUUUUUUCCCCAAAGUUUUUCCCAAGGAUAAGAUACAAAUACAUGGUAGCUAUUGUUUAAAAAUGAUUGAUUUACUUGCAGAUUUUUCAGAGGAUGUUAUAUGUUUGUCAUUCACUAAAUGUUCAGAAUUGUAGUUUUACCAAAUCUGAAGUGCCAUCAAUUAUAAGAAUCACCAUUAUUUUAUGUUCCAUUAAGAAAAACACAAUAAAACAUGACACAAUGCUUUGUUACUUGAAAUUUUCAUAUUUAUUGGGGAUCUCUUUUAGUUGUUUUUAAAUACAGAUUUUUAUUUAACCCUCUUGCAUAUACAUAUCAAAUAACAAAAAAGUGAAAUAUUGAAUGAAUGUACAUAGAAAAUAACAAAAAAGUAAAAUAUUGAGAUAUCAUCAAGAAAUUUCUACAGCUUCACAUUCAAACUCUUCAGCACUUUCAGAGCUAUUGAUAUGCAUACGUCCACCUAGUACCUUCUGUGCUUUCAGAGUUAUUGGUAAGGCUGUAUUUCCUGAGUGCUCUUACCACACUUAUGUCUGGCUUUAUUUUUUACCUAACUGCAGACCCACACUCCUGCAAGUUUUGAUACCCUUCUGUUUGACAAAACUCAGUUUCACUUUUGCUUCAGUUUAAUCACAGGUCCUUAGAAGAUCGGACCUGUGAUUGAUUUGUCACAAAUUGAUGGUCAUAUUAACAUGUUAAUAUUAAAAUUAUUGUUUGGUAAACCAGAAGUGACCAUCUGAAGCCCUCAAAUAUGGUAUUUGUGUGUUUAUUUUUUCUUUUUCAAGAUUCUUUUUAAAGAAAAUAUAUGAUAGCUGUUGUUUAACAUUUAUUUACUUACAGCAUGUUCAGAGGAUGUUAUGUGUUUAUUAAGUGCUCACUACUGUAUUUUACCUAAUCUGAAUUUUAACCAUAAUCCUGCACAAUGCAUGGACUCCAGUUGCUUUGAAAUGGUUCUGUUCAAAGGACUUAUCAAGGUCUCUUGCUCUGAGAUGUAUUGCUUGGUGUAUAGUAGCACACACAUACCACCAAUAGUGUACCUAAUUCAACUGAAAUGACAGUCAUAUACACAGAUAUGACCAAGUUCACAUGUGAGCAAGUAACAACUCCAUGACUAUUGCUGCCUGACUAAUAGCUAUUAUACUAUCAUUUGUAAGGCACAUUCUGUUUUCUGGGAUGUCGAAAUGUGGAGAAAAAAAGAUGAAUUAGGAAAUGAUUCUAACCUAAAUGUGUGUUUUAAUAAAAGGAUCUAGGCAAAAAAAAAAAAAAAAAAAAAAAGUAAGUCACUCUUAAAUUUAAUCCCUGAAUGUAGUGUACAUGAUGAGAGAGAAGUAUAUUUUUGAUAAGAAGUGACUAAAUUUUGUAACAAUCUUAAUUUUCAGGCUUUUCAUUUAGUCUCCCAAUAAAGAAUCGUUUUUUUUCUGAAUUUUAUCAGCAAUAGAAAAAUAAGACCUAAAUGGAUAAGUUUGAAAUUAAACAUUUUAUCUCAUUUUA